AUUUCCCUCUCGGAGAAGCUAGCACGCCGGAGAAGUGCACCGUGACACCAAGAAACCCUAGGCUCCAGAUUCGAGUUAUAGUGCUGUCCAGACUACGGGUAAAUCACUACGGUGAUGUUUUCCACCAUGAUCCAAGCACACAAAGCAGACCUGUGGAUGGUUCUAGUCAUUUCUGUGGUGGUUAUUCGCAUCCAAGCAAGAAGUAACGAGGGUGGAACCAUCUUCCUGGAGCGAGGCCACCCUGGCAUCCUGUCCUGCCCUCUCGUCACAUCCGGAAGAAUCCUGCUGGAUCAGAUCGACGCCAUGUACUGGUACUCCCCUGUACUACGAGAUGAAGACAUCUUGAUCUCCUACUUUCUAGGGAACGUCGCUCCACAAAACGGCAUCCCGGAGGGCGUGUAUGACAUCAACGGAAACUUCUCUCUGGUUAUUGAGAACGUCACCGACUCGGAUGAAGGGACCUACUACUGUAGGGUCAAACCUAGGAUGAGAAUGAUGGUUGAUGAGCAAGUGACUAUGCGUGUCAAAGUAUCUCCCAAAGAACCGUUUCCCGACGUAACUCAAUGCACUGAACGCAUCUCCGGAACUACGUGUGAGGCCGCGUUGCUGAACGACAUCAAGAAACCAAUGUUGACCUGCAUCGUACGGGAUACCAAGCCUGCCGUGGCUCUCAGAUGGCUGCUUGAGUAUUGUGACGGCGACACACAACUCAUCAGCGACAGGUUCACCGUACAACCGAGUAAGUACAGGGUGUGA